AUGGUUCAUCUCGUCGGAACCAGCGCCGCGCAGGCCGCUUCGUCGGUCUUGCGAUCCGAGGCUCGAUCUUCGCUUCUUCGUGGAUCUCAGAUCGUACAGGCUCGCUCUAUUCACGACCUUACUAUCAACCGAAAGACUGGAAAGCCCAUCAUCAAGUCCGGUCCUUACGGCGGUGGACGAUCCUCCGUCUCAGGACACGUCGUUACCGUGUUCGGCUGCACCGGUUUCCUCGGACGCUACGUGGUCAACCGUUUGGCACAAAAGGGUUCGCAGGUCAUCAUCCCCUACCGCGAUGAGGACGAGAAGAGGCACUUGAAGGUGAUGGGAGAUCUAGGCCAGGUCGUGCCCAUGGAGUGGGAUCUCAGGCACGACGAGCAAAUCGAGGAGUGCUUGCGACACUCGGAUGUGGUUUACAACUUGACCGGACGACACUACGAAACCAAAAACUUUACCUUCAACGACGUCCACGUCGCAGGUGCUCAGCGCAUCGCUCAGAUCGCCGAGGCUGCAGGUGUCGGCCGCUUCAUCCACGUCUCGCACCUCAACGCCGAUGCCGAGUCGCCUUCGGCUUUCCUUCGAUCCAAGGCGGAAGGUGAGGCUGUGGUCAAGCGCGCUUUCGAAGGUGCCACCAUCGUCCGUCCCGGUACCAUGUGGGGUCACGAGGACCGCUUCUUGAACCAGAUGGCCGUCUACCCUUACGCAUGGCGAGUCAACCACGGUCAGACCAAGAUGCGCCCCGUCCACUCGUUGGACGUUGCACACGCCCUCGAAAAGAUGCUCGAGGCCGACGUCACAUCCAUGGGUGCCACCUUUUCGCUCGCUGGACCCAAGGAGUACACCAUCGGCCAGAUCCUCCAGCUCGUCGAGUCUCUUACCUUCACAUCGUUGGCCAAGCCCGGCCUCAACACGCCCAAGAUUGCCAUGAAGCUCGCAGCCAAGGUGGCCGACCUGGCGUGGUGGCCCAUGCUCUCGCCCGACGAGGUUGUGCGACGAUACAUCGACGACCUUCCGGAUGCACCUGGCACCAAGAGCUGGGCUGACCUCGCCAUGACCCCGGACACACUCGAAGAGACCGCAGCACCGUACUUGAGGCGAUACCGACCUACCACAAGGUUCGAGCAGCCUCUCGAGACCGGUGGUGCUCGUCUCAAGAAGCCAAAGUACCACGUGCUCGAUUAG